AAAUUAACCCAAAUUAUAAAUAUUAUAACCUAAAAUUACCGUUAAGUUGCGUAGAUUAACAGUAUGUAGGAAUAAAACAAAAAACUGUUGUAUUGCUUUCGACGAUGUCUAGGAAUCCAAAUACUUUGAUGACUAUCAAUAAUGAUGACCAGUUCGAUUUUUUGUUUAAAAUAGUACUUAUAGGCGACUGUGGCACUGGUAAAACGUGUGUGGUUCAAAGAUUUAAAAAUGGAACUUUUAUUGAAAGACAUGGUAAUACAAUAGGAGUGGAUUUUUCAAUGAAAACAGUAAUGGUUGAAGGAAAACGUGUUAAGCUUCAAAUUUGGGAUACUGCAGGCCAAGAGCGAUUUCGUACUAUAACUCAGAGUUAUUAUAGAUCUGCUAAUGGCGUAAUUAUAGUCUAUGAUAUUACAAAAAGGUCUUCAUUUUUAUCAGUAGCAAGGUGGGUGGAGGAAGUUAGAAGGUACUCUGGAAGUACAGUUUUAAUGGCACUGGUAGGAAACAAAGCCGAUUUAGAGAAUUUAAGAGAAGUAGAAUUCGAAGAAGCUGAGGCAAUGUGUCAAUACAUGCCUGAAGUUCUUUUUGUACUAGAAGCAAGUGCAAAAGAUAAUACAAAUAUUGAAGAUGCCUUUUUAUGUCUUGCAACUGAACUAAAGAGACGUCAUGACAAUGGGAUGUUGGAAUUUGAUGAAGAACAAACUGUUCGUUUAGGUCAAAGUCACUCAAUUUCAAAGUGCAGUGGUUGCAAGAAUAUUUUCUAAUUAGUGGUUUUAUUCUAUAAAGUGCCUUAUUUUACUUUAGUUCCUUACAAAUGCUUUAUUUAUUUAAAGAAAUCGCUCUUGAGACUGCAACAAUUAAUGAGAAUCUCUGAGCUACAUACAAGCUCAUAAAACGAAUGUUAUCUAUGAAAGAUAGAGUGUUAUCUAUAUAAACAUAUAUAAAUUA